CGGGCUGCGCUUCCCGCCGCGGCCAUGUCUCGUCAGAGCACUCUGCUCCACUUCUUCCACAAGGCCUCCGCGGCCAAGCCCGCGGCGGAUGCGUCCCCGCCGACUCCGCCACCGGACGGGGCGGUGAAGCGCCGCCGCACUUCGCCGGAGCAGAAUGGCCGCGGUGCCGUCACCAGCCCUGCCGGCACGGCGGGCAACGGUGCAGAGCUACGGGGCACAACCGCCGCUCUGCGUAAGGAGGCGAAGGAGAAGACCGGAGGGGACGGCGUCGUCGAUAAGGACCCCAGUGAGUCCUGUCAAUAUUCCCCUGGUGACUUGGCCUGGGGCAAGAUGGAAGGCUAUCCUUGGUGGCCGUGUCUCAUAUACAACCAUCCAACUGAAAGAACAGUAGUGAGAGGGAAAGGGAAAUCUACUCGUAUCCAUGUACAGUUUUUCGAUGACAGCCCUACAAGAGGCUGGGUCAGUAUCAAGUACCUGAGACCAUAUAAAGGUUCAUCAGAUGAGAAGACACUGAAAGGAGGUAUGUUUUAUAGUACAAAGCCUGAAAUUAAAAGAGCAAUGGUGCUAGCAGAUGAUGCAGUGAGUAAAGAUAAAACUAAGCGACUUGAACUGGCAGUAUGCAAUGAACCUUCAGACACAGAGGAGGAAACAGAGCAGAUGAGUGAAAGUCCAUCAGGCGACAGUGAUGACGGCAGUAGUGAGGAGGAUGUUAAGAGUAACAAGCGAGUGAGGAACAGGGAAAAUGCCGUAAAAAACAAAAGAAGAAGAGUGUUGGAUUCUGACAGCGAUCAUGAUGGCUCUGAUGCAGAAUUCAAGCCUGAUGUGAAGGAAGCAGCAAGCAGCGAGGAAGCCAGUAGUGGUGUAGAAGAAAAUGAAUCUACUGACACAGAGACAGACGCAGAGAGUGUAGCAGAAAGUCCCAUAAAAGUUCCUUCUAAACGAAAGAGGAAAGAGAGAAGCAAGCCUGCUAAAAGGAGUAGCUUAGAAAACAAACAGUCUGAACCACCCAAAAGAGUGGCAGCAGAAAAUGAGCAGUCUGAACCACCCAAAAGAGUGGCAGCAGAAAAUGAACAGUCUGAACCACCCAAAAGAGUGGCAGCAGUUUCUUUUGAAGCUAAAUCCAAGCUGACAUCAUUUGCAGCACCUGAAAGUUUUGAAUCCCAAACAAAUGCAUGCAGUGGAGGCAGCAGUGGCUUUGGAGCAUGGGAACAUGAAAAGCUUGACUGGCUUCAGGAAAGGAAGAAGAAAGAUGCACAAAGGAGACGGCAGAGUGACCCUGAUUAUGAUCCCCGUACACUGUAUGUACCUGAGGACUACCUCAACAAGUGCACGCCAGGAAUGAGGAGGUGGUGGCAGCUGAAGAGUCAAAACUUUGAUGCUGUGAUUUUCUACAAAGUUGGGAAAUUCUACGAGUUGUACCAUAUGGAUGCAGUCACUGGCGUCAAUGAAUUGGGACUGAUCUUUAUGAAGGGUUCUUGGGCCCAUUCAGGUUUUCCAGAAACUGCUUUUGGCAGAUUCUCUGAUGUCCUAGUGCAGAAGGGCUACAAGGUAGCUCGUGUUGAGCAAACAGAAACUCCUGAGAUGAUGGAAGCACGCUACAAGGCGAUGGCCCACCCGACGAAGUUUGACAGAGUUGUACGCCGAGAAAUCUGCAGGAUCAUCACCAAAGGAACUCAGACUUACAGCAUUAUGGACUGUGAUCCCUCUGAGAACCAUAAUAAAUACCUUCUGUGUGUUAAGGAAAAGGAAGACUCCUCUGGACAACGUGUGUAUGGGGUGUGCUUUGUUGACACAUCAGUAGGGAAGUUUCAUGUGGGCCAGUUCUCAGAUGACCGGCACUGCUCAAGGUUUAGGACUUUAGUAGCACAUUACACUCCUGUGCAGGUGCUGUAUGAGAAGGGGAACCUGUCUACGGACACACAGAAGAUACUGAAGGGCUCACUUGUUUCAUGCAUUCAGGAAGGUUUGAUCUCUGGUUCCCAGUUCUGGAGUGCAUCUAAGACACUGAAAGUCCUUCUUGAAGAAGGAUAUUUCAAGGAGAAAGAGACCUCUGAUAAUGUAUGUUCUCUGCCCACUGUACUCAAAUCUCUGACUUCAGAGAGUGACUCACUGGGAUUAACUCCUGGUGAGAACAGUGAAUUAGCUUUGUCAGCACUUGGAGCAUGUGUUUUCUAUCUCCAGAAAUGUCUGAUUGACCAGGAGCUGUUAUCACUGGCCAACUUCGAGGAGUACGUCCCUGUGGAUAUUAAUACUGCAAAAGCUGCAAGUAGCUGCUUUGCCAAAACCAACCAGCGGAUGGUGCUGGAUGGAGUCACCCUGAUGAACUUGGAAGUUCUGCAGAACGGAACCAAUGGAACCACAGAAGGUACUUUGUUGGAAAGGAUUGAUACUUGUUGUACUCCAUUUGGGAAGCGGCUCCUGAAGCAGUGGCUGUGUGCUCCGCUAUGUAAUCCAAAGUCCAUCAAUGAUCGUUUAGAUGCUGUUGAGGACCUUCUAUCAGUGCCAGAUAAAAUUUCUGAAGUCAGUGAACACCUGAAGAAACUUCCUGAUCUUGAAAGGCUGCUCAGCAAAAUUCACAGUAUUGGAUCACCACUGAAAAGUCAGACCCAUCCUGACAGCAGGGCCAUCUUCUAUGAAGAGAUCAAAUACAGCAAGAAAAAAAUUGCUGAUUUUUUGUCUGCACUGGAGGGGUUUAAAGUAAUGAAUGAAAUUGUUGAUGCCAUGGAAGAAGUUGCCAGUGACUUCAAAUCUAAAGUCCUGAAGCAGCUGGUCACCCGCAAAGCCAAAAAUCCACAUGGCUGCUUCCCGGAUUUGAGUGCAGAGCUUAAAAGAUGGGAUACUGCUUUUGAUCAUAACCAGGCUCGAAAGACAGGAGUGAUUACUCCAAAGGCAGGUUUUGACCCCGAUUAUGAUAAAGCACUACAGGACAUUGAAUCUGUUGAGGAGGAUCUUAAGAAGUACCAGGAGAAACAGCGCAAACUGCUUGGAUGCAAAUCUGUGAUGUACUGGGGGGCAGGCAAGAAUCGAUACCAAAUGGAAAUACCGGAAAACGUGGCGGCGCGGCGCUUGCCUGAGGAAUACGAGUUGAAGUCAUCCAGGAAGGGAUAUAAACGUUACUGGACCAAGGAGAUCGAGAAGAUGCUGGCUGCAAUGGUCAAUGCUGAGGAGCGCAGAGAUGCGGCUCUGAAGGACUGCAUGAGACGUUUGUUCUACAACUUUGACCAAAACAGCAAAGCCUGGCAGACAGCUGUGGAGUGCAUUGCUGCAUUAGAUGUCUUGAUGUCUCUUGCUAACUACAGUCAAGAUGGUGAUGGGCCACUGUGCCGUCCUGUAAUUGUGCUGCCUGUGGAUAGUGCUCCUCCCUUCCUGGAACUGAAAAAUUCCCGUCAUCCCUGCAUUACAAAAACUUUCUUUGGGGAUGAUUUUAUUCCUAACGACAUUGUGAUAGGCUGCAGAGAUGAAGAUGGCAGCAAUGAAGCUUCCUGUGUGUUAGUGACUGGCCCGAAUAUGGGUGGCAAGUCUACGCUCAUGAGACAGGCUGGUCUCCUGGUUAUAAUGGCUCAACUGGGAUGCUACGUACCUGCUGAAGCCUGCAGGCUUACACCCAUCGACAGAGUGUUUACAAGGCUCGGUGCCUCAGACAGGAUAAUGUCAGGUGAAAGUACCUUCUUUGUUGAAUUGAGUGAGACUUCCAGCAUUCUCCAGCAUGCAACAGAGCACUCCCUGGUUCUUGUGGAUGAAUUGGGCAGAGGCACAGCUACUUUUGAUGGAACAGCAAUAGCCAGCGCCGUGGUGAAAGAACUGGCAGAGCAAAUCAAGUGUCGGACUCUGUUCUCCACACACUACCACUCGCUGGUGGAGGACUAUUCGCACAACAGGGCUGUGCGGCUUGGGCACAUGGCAUGUAUGGUUGAAAAUGAGAGUGAAGAUCCAAGCCAGGAAACAAUUACAUUCCUGUACAAGUUCAUUGAAGGAGCGUGUCCAAAGAGCUAUGGCUUCAAUGCAGCAAGACUUGCUAAUCUUCCAGAGGAAGUCAUUCAGAAGGGGCACAGAAAAGCAAGAGAGUUUGAAAAAAUGACAAUUUCACUGAGAAUAUUCAGGUCUCUGUGCCUGCUGGCGGAUGGUGCAACAACCACGGAUGCAGAGGCUGUCCGGAAACUCACCGCUAUGAUCAAUCAGCUUUAAGGACAGCACCAGGGGCUCCGCAGUGGCCGGUUCUCAAUCAAAAAGAAAGAACGUACAUACUGGGACAUGAGUACAGUUACAGCAAGUCUAGGUGUGCUAACAAAACAGGACACAUUCAAGUACAAUAAAGAUUUUUUUUUUGUUUGUUUUUGUUGGUUUUUUUUUUUUGCUGGAAAUUAGAAACAAACUACAUGAGAUUAAAGCAUUAAAAUCAUAUUUCUCAAUCUGAAUAAAUGUUAAAAAAAAUCAAAAGAAAUGCAGAAGUGCUAGCUCACAUUUUUGUUUUUUGUGGUUUUUUUUUCUUUUUCUUUCUUUCUUUCUGUCUUUUUUUUUAACCAUGUUACAAAAGCAAUUGGUACCCAUGUCCAUAAAGGCAGCAACAAAGAAUGCUGCUUGUCUACAGAGUAAGUACUACUGCAACUCGGGACUGCUCUUCCAUGCUACUUGUAAAAACACCAGCCUUCAGAAGUUGGUAUCUGUACAAAAUUGCAGCUUAGUUUUUAUUCAUUUUCUUUUAUGUGUUUUGUUUGUUUGUUUUCUUCACUUCUGUCCCUUCCAAAGUCUUUUUAUUUUUGUUUUUUGUUUACACAGUAAUGCUAAAACGCCCAGUUCUGUUAUCCUGAGUCAACAUAUUGCCACUUUCUUUUUUUGGUAGGUUGAGCUCCAUAGUGUCAACACCUCACACAUCGGCUUUAAUACAGUCUCUUUUCUGCAGAAUGGGCAAGUACAACUUCCUCCAAAAAAAAAACGUUGAACAGUUAUGAUAUUAGAAUGGCAGGAGACUUUCUUUCUGAAAGGAAUUCAGUUGUGCUGCAAUGUAUUAGAUUCUAUAGGAGGAGCAGAGUCAUAUAGUGUAUCUGUAUCGUGUGUAGGCUCUCCAGCAAGUGUACACGGAUUAGACAGUGUUCCAGCACCACAGUCACAGAAAAACCUACAAAGAAACACAGCUCCUUUAAGUUUCUGCUUUUACUGCUGCUGGCAAAACAACGCCUCCCGCGCUUUGGGCACCUACCUAUCGUGUCUAAUGAACUCUACGUCAUGUCCUUGAUGGCACUUCUUAAUGCAGUUCACACAGAUGGCGUUGCGGUCUGUGGUGUUACAGGUGUGACAUCUGAAAGGAAAGGUGCUGCAUUAGGCAUGACUAGAGAACAAGGUGCUGGAGGGGGCUCCAGAGGUAGAACAGGGCUGGAAAGAUGUGCAGGGGCUCCAGUGUUUGCCAUGGAUUUGAGGGCAUGGUUGGGUGUCUUUUUUAAAGAGCAGACAGGAAGCAAAAUCAAACCGCUCUGGCUGAACUGGAGAGGGACACAGGAAAAAUACAAUACAGAUGACAUGAAUCCUUACCAUUUCAUACAGAUGCAGGAUUCAUAAGGGUUCUCCCCAAACCUUUCCCCCAGCCAAGCAAAACCACACAACCUCAGUGCUCUGUUUUCUGUCCCCUCCUGCCCUUGUCUCCUGAUAGGGCCAAGCAGGCCUGACUGUGCAGCAAGAAAUUCACUGUGGCCUUGAAGACCACAGGCACGUUACUCCCGCCCUGGGUUUACCAGGUAAGGCCUGCCAGGGAGCCAAAAGGGAGAUUAAAAAAAGGAGAUGUGGCUUUGCUGCCCACUUAUAAAGUGUUAGCACAACUAUGGGAUGGAGUAACAAAAAUUACCAUUUCUGGAGUCCACCUCCUGAACCUCUGUCGUCCUCCUGGAGAGCUCUAUGGCUUUCCUAAGGGGACCUGGGCCAAACCACCCCAUGGGUUGCUCCUCUGGGAAAAGCAGUCUGCUGCACGAUCUCAGGUUCACACUGCCUAUGCGUUGUUCUGAAGCCCACAGGAAAUUCCAGACAAUGAGGACUUGUUUAAUCCUCUCCUGUUUGCAGCCUGUGUCUUAGCAGGCUUUAGGGCUCUUGGCUGGGAAAGAAACUGGGUUGACUUGAAAACCUUACUGUAGGUGACAGUUAAAAACCCCCAAAAUGUGUUACCUGUAGAAAUCAUGCAUCGGGUAGCUGGUGUAGCUUGAUAUCUUAUAUAAACACUGGCCUCUGCUGACAGCCUUUUCUAUGGCAUCUUGAUUGUUCAUGAUUUUGUUGUCUGUUGGGGAAAAAAACAAACAACAAACAAAAGAGCCAAGAUGUAAUCACAACUGGAUCAAGGACAUAACAAUCAAACCACUGCUCCAUCCUGUCUUAUGCUCGCUCCUCUAUUCUACAUGAGAAAUUUAUGUCUGUAAACUGUUGCUGUUUCCUGAAGGGAGUGAUUUAAGGGUUGUGGAUAUUCUUGCUUUCCCACCCUGGAGGCCAGGCAAGGCACCUUUCUUUACUGGACACUUGUUCCCAUGAUACUAACUUGAAAUUGGAAACUGUGACAGGUCAAACUCCAAUGAUUCUAUGACAAACCCAAACUCCAGCAGCAAACAGAAAACACAAGAGAGGGCCUCAGGCUCACCUUUCAUCGUGACGUUGACACCAGAUGCUAGAAAUAAACCUCCAAAGCGGUUGUUGAAAAUCUGAUUGCCUUCUAA